GCCUCCCGGGGCUGCGGCGAGCUGGGCCGGCGAGCGUCACCGCCCUGCGCGCUCCCUCCGUCCCUCCCGACUGCGCGGGGCGGGCGCCCGACUGCCCGAGCUAGGGAAAGCGAAAGCGAAGCGGGUCGUUCCCCUUCCCGGCGGCCAGCCAGGUGCACUGGAGCCGGGAGCCCAGCCGGGAGCCCAGCCGCGGAGCCGGGAGCUGCGGGCGCCGCAGGGUCGCGGGUGUUCAGGCCGCUGCAGCGGCGGCGGCCGCUCCCUUCUUCCUGCGUCGGCGCCGGCCCGCGGGGCCCGGCCCGGGAGCUGCGCGCAGAAUGGGCAGGUGCUGCUUCUACACGGUCGGGACGCUGUCCCUGCUCCUGCUGGUGACCAGCGUCACGCUGUUGGUGGCCCGGGUGUUCCAGAAGGCCGUGGACCAGAUGAUCCAAAAGAAUAUUGUGUUAAGGAAUGGUUCCGAGACCUUUGACUCCUGGAAGAAGGCCCCUGUGCCUGUGUAUGCCCAGUUCUAUUUCUUCAAUGUCACCAAUCCAGAGGAGAUCCUCAGAGGGGAGACCCCUCGGUUAGAAGAAGUGGGGCCAUAUACCUACAGGGAACUCAGAAACAAAGCAGAUAUUCAGUUUGGAGAUAAUGGAACGACAAUAUCUGCUGUUAGGAAAGAGGCCUAUGUUUUUGAACGAAAUCAAUCUGUUGGAGACCCUAAAGUUGACUUAAUUAGAACAUUAAAUAUUCCUGCGGUGACUGCCAUGGAAUGGGCCCAGGUCCGCUUCCUCCGGAAGCUCAUCGAGGCCCUGUUGAAGGCCUAUCAGCAGACGCUCUUUGUGACCCACACCGUGGACGAACUACUCUGGGGCUACAAAGAUGAGAUCUUGUCCCUCAUCAACAUUUUCAAGCCAGAGAUCUCUCCCUAUUUUGGCCUGUACUAUGGGAAAAAUGGGACUAGUGAUGGAGACUAUGUUUUUCUAACUGGAGAAGACAGUUACCUUAACUUUUCAAAGAUUGUGGAAUGGAAUGGAAAAACAUCCCUUGACUGGUGGACAACAGACAAGUGCAAUAUGAUUAAUGGAACAGAUGGAGAUUCUUUUCACCCGUUAAUAAACAAAGAGGAAAUUCUUUAUAUCUUCCCAUCUGAAUUUUGCAGAUCAGUGUACAUAACUUUCAGUGACUUCCAGAGUGUGCAGGGACUGCCUGCCUUCCGGUAUGAGGUGCCUGGAGAAGUACUAGCCAAUACCUCAGACAAUGCCGGCUUCUGUGUGCCUAAAGGAAACUGCCUGGGCUCAGGAGUUUUGAAUAUCAGCAUCUGCAAGAAUGGUGCGCCUAUUAUUAUAUCUUUCCCACACUUCUACCAAGCAGACGAGAAGUUUGUUUCUGCCAUCCAUGGUAUGCAUCCAAAUAAGGACUAUCAUGAGACGUUUGUGGACAUUAAUCCUUUGACUGGAAUUAUUCUCAGAGCUGCAAAGAGGUUCCAGAUCAACGUUUAUGUCAAGAAGUUAGACGACUUUGCUGAAACGGGGAACAUUAGAACCCUGGUUUUCCCAGUGAUGUAUAUUAAUGAGAGUGUUCUCAUUGAUAAAGAGACUGCAAGUCGACUGAAGUCUGUGAUUAACACUACUCUGAUCAUCACUAACAUACCCUACAUUGUCAUGGCCCUGGGUGUGUUCUUUGGUUUGAUCUUCACCUGGCUUGCAUGCAAAGGACAGGGAUCCAUGGAUGAGUCUCAGGGAACUGCAGACGAAAGAGCACCCCUCAUACGCACCUAACUGAGGCCCGAGCUCGGUGGAGGAGCCGUGUGAGCUGUCCUGAGCUGGACCCGCCGUGAGGAAACUAGCCGCGUCCUCACAGGCAUGUCGCCUGUUGCAGAGAGGAGGGAGGAGACCCCGCGCUGGCUAGUGAGGAGAGCGUUCCGGCAGGAGGUUAAACAACAGACUGACCUGGUUGGCCAUUAGGCUUUAUAAAAUUGUUUUGUUUUCCAUGUGUCUAGCAAGUAUUUAAUAAACUCUUGUAUAGUAA